GAUCUGUCUCUUCUAGACAGUUCCGGCGGGAGAGCCCGGCGGCGAAGACUUCGUUCUCGGCUCCUGAUAUGCACCGGCCGAAUUUUAGACCUCCGACUCCGCCUUACCCCGGCUCCGGCGUAGGCGGUUGGGGUAACGGGGGCAGCUUCCGAGGUACGCCCGGCAGUGGAGGACCGAGGCCGCCCUCCCCUCGAGACGGCUACGGGAGUCCGCACCACACGCCGCCGUACGGGCCCCGGUCGAGGCCCUUUGGGAACAACCACUCACCACGGCAAGGUGGCAGCUUCUCAGGAGGCCGGUUCGGAUCCCCGUCCCCUGGCGGCUACCCCGGCUCUUACUCCAAGUCCCCCGCGGGCUCCCAGCAGCAAUUCGGCUACUCGCCUGGGCAACAGCACACCCACCAGGGUUCUCCAAGGACAUCUACGCCAUUUGGAUCCGGGCGUGGUAGAGAAAAACGAAAAUCUAAUGAGGUAGAAAGCUAUUUUAAGCCUUCAAUGCUUGAAGACCCAUGGGCUGACUUAGAACCAGUAUCUGUUGCCGAUAUAAGCCAACAGUACACCAAUACUCAAACGUUCACGGGCAAAAAAGGAAGGUACUUUUGUUGACAUUUUUGAAAUUCACCUAGAAGAUACCUCUAUCCAGAACAUCUUGGACAAGAAAGUGUUGCUACUUAACGUGAAUCAUGAGCCCUCUCUGUGACUAGUCAGCCCCAUGCCUUUCAGAUCCACUGGGCCUAGUGGGACAAGAAUGUUUCAGGUGGGAAUCCUAAGGCGAUGGCUUGAUAUCCUCAUGAUAUAAAGCAUCAUUGGUAAUAGAGAAAAAAUAUGGUAAGGGAAUUUGUAAUAUUUACCUUUUUGGUGUUGGUGCCACAUUUUGGAAUAUUUGUAGUUUUCAUAUAUUUAAAACUUGAUUAUGUAAUGGGCAUGUAUCUUUUAAUGUUUCCUGAGCAUUUUGAAAUAAACAUUUUUCUUUCUA